AUGGCGUUUGCUAGCCCUAUCCAUUACUCGCCACACGGUUCUGCUGCUGGGUCGCCGCCAGGCCGGACUUUGCUGCUGGACAAGUCGUCCUUUUGUGGUGGCAACAGUACGAAGGCCACCAGUGGCAUCAACGGUGCAGGCACGAAGACCCAGAAGAGCAAGUCCAUCCCAGAUACCGCGGAUAUUUUUGUUGCUGAUACGCUCAAGGGCGGUGCCAAGAAGCCUGAACUGGCCAAGGUCCUGUGCGUGAACAGCGCCGCAGAUGUCGAUUGGUUGGUGGACAAAUUUGAUUUGGAUUUGUCCUUGGUGGCACGUCUUGGUGGUCAUUCACAGCCACGCACACACCGCGGCAAGGAGCGCUUCCCAGGGAUGACCAUCACCUAUGCGCUGAUCCAGAUGUUGGAGAAGGUCGCGGAGAAGACGCACCGCGCGCGGAUCGUCACCAAGGCCGAGGUCUUCAAACUGCUGCAGAACGGCCGCAACGUGGUGGGCUGCGAGUAUCGCAAGGCUGGAAAGGUGGUGAAGGAGUUCGGCCCUAUGGUCUUGGCCUCCGGCGGCUUUGGGGCGGACUUUGGCUCCGAUUCGCUGCUGGCCACCUACCGGCCAGACUUGUUGCAUCUGCCCACCACCAACGGUGAGCACUGCACAGGUGACGCCAUCAAGAUGGGAGAAGCCAUUGGUGCGGCUACCAUCGACCUGGAAUGGGUGCAGGUCCACCCCACCGGCUUGGUGAAGCCCGACGACCCGGACGCCAAGGUCAAGUUUCUGGCCGCCGAGGCCUUGCGCGGCGUGGGGGGCAUCGUCUUGGACGCCAUGGGCAACCGCUUCUGCAAUGAGUUGGGACGCCGGGACUAUGUCACUGGAGAAAUGUGGAAGAACAAACCUCCCUUCCGCCUGUGCUUGAACAGGGCUGCUGCUGAUGAGAUCAUUUGGCAUGCCAAGCACUACACUGGCCGUGGUGUGAUGAAGUUCUACCCAACCGGAGAGGACCUUGCAAAGGACAUGGGAGUGCCUUUGCAAACGCUCAUCGACGCGCACCAGAAGCAUUUCGAGGCUGCCAAAAAGCAGGAGAAGGACCCAGAUGGUGGCCCCUUCCCUGCCUAUCCGUCGGGAAAAACCUGGGAUGAACCCAGUGGCAAGACGGGCAGCGGCAAGAAGUUCUUCCACAACAUCAUCGAUGGAUCCAAGGUGGCCACUGAGCCAUUCUAUGCUCACCAUAGAGUUCCGGUUGGAGCUCAGAGGACUGUUGCCAUCAUUACUCCAGUGAUCCACUACUGCAUGGGUGGCCUGGAAUGCACCGUUGAUGCUGAGUGCAUCGACAAGAGCGGAAAGGUUAUCCCAGGUCUCUAUGUGGCAGGAGAGGCUGCGGGCGGUAUCCAUGGCAACAACCGCUUGGGUGGCAAUUCCUUGCUGGAUUGCGUUGUUUUCGGUCGUGUGGCGGGCAAAGCGGCCUGCAAGUACACCUUCGGAACAAACGAAAAGUUCAAGCCAUGCCCUACACCUGGUGAGUUGAAGGAGCUGACCAAGUGAGUUUUGAUGGACCGAGGAUGAAACAUCCACAGGUGCGACCGCUUCGAUGAUCUCCGGGUUCACCUGUGACCGGAUUGACCGGCGAAGCGUUCCCUGACCGGUCGAAAUAGAUUUUGUUUCAAAGCUCGAGCCCGUGACGUGGAGGCAGAGUGGCCAAAACGA